AUGCGUUUUCCAUUUGCUCCUCUUUUAGCAUUAACAGCUGCUACAGCUGUUGCAGCUCACCGAAGACUCCUUACUAUCCCUGGACCUCGCGCUGAUAGUGACCCCAAGGUUAUCGCGGCCGAACAUCUCAAGACUAUAGUCCCCAAUGUUGAGUUCCGUGAGAAUGGCGAUGAUUAUACGGAUGUCGAUACUGGGAUCACACAUGUGUAUUUUACCCAGACACUCAACGGACUCGAUAUUGAGAAUGCGCAGGCAAACAUUAAUAUUAAGCGUGAUGGGUCGAUUCUCUCCAUGGGGUUGAGCUUUGUGACCGAGGGAUUGGAUGUACCCGCGCCUGUUAGGAGACAAACGUUACUAUCACCGCUGGAGGCUUUGAAGGGAAUUGUCGAGAAGAUGGAUCUGCCAUUAAAUGUCGUCGCUGCAGAGGCAGUUCCAGAGUCUUCAUUGGUAGGAGGUGGACAAUCAUUUACUAUUAUGGGGUCUGAGGGUGCAGUUUCGGAACCAAGGGCAGAUCUCACGUACUAUCAGACCUCCGAAGGCAUUAAGCUUGUCUGGAGAAAGGGCUCUAUUAUCGCGGUUGCAGAUUAUGUCGCCGAUGCUUCCUAUAAUGUUUAUCCAAUUGGUGUAAAUGAUCCCACCGAUGGCGCCCGAACCGCUGUGACCAAUCCCGCCAGUAAUUUUGCCUCUCCCAAUGGCUGGCACACCGCCGGAAGCACAUCCUACAUCACAACUCGGGGUAACAACGGUAUUGCUCAGGAGAACUGGGAUGCUGGUUCUGAUUACUUAAACAAUCAACGUCCGAGCUCCUCUGGAAGCAGUCUAAAUUUUAACUUCGAAUACAGCCCAUCAGAUGAUUCACCAAAAGACUAUAUCGAUGCUGCUGUUACGCAGUUGUUCUAUACGGCCAACGCAUACCACGAUCUCUUGGAAGUCCUUGGGUUCACAGAAGUGGCUGGAAACUUUGAGGACGUAAAUACUGGUGCCGGUGGCCGUGGUAACGAUGCUGUGCAACUUAACGCACAAGACGGUUCCGGUUUUAAUAAUGCCAACAUGGCCACACCUGCUGAUGGAUCAAGGCCAAGGAUGAGGAUGUAUUUAUGGAAUGUAGUUCCCGGCGUUCAGCGCGACGGGGAUUUUGAUAAUGGUGUUAUUAUUCACGAGUACACCCACGGGCUCAGUAAUAGGUUGACUGGUGGCCCUUCAAGGUCUACUUGCUUGAGUACUACUGAAUCCGGUGGUUUGGGAGAGGGAUGGGGUGAUUUCUAUGCCACUGCAAUUAGGGUCAAGCCGAACGAUACUCGUACAAAAGAUUAUGCCAUGGGUGAUUGGGUUAACGGGGCUGGAAUCCGAAGGUACCCAUACUCCACCAGCAUGACCACCAAUCCCACAACUUAUGCUACCAUUAAUCUUUCAAAUUGGAACGCUCUGGUUCAUGCAAUCGGUUCUGUUUGGGCCAAUAUCCUUUACGAGGCCAUGUGGAAUCUCGAGGACAAAUGGGGUUACCAGAAAGAAGUGAUGCCAACCUUCCGUGCUGGCACUAGUAUUCCGACUACUGGCCGCCAUCUGAUGAUGAAACUGGUUCUCGAGGGAAUGAAGCUACAGCCUUGCUCGCCAACAUUCUUGACGGCAAGGGAUGCAAUUCUGGACGCAGACCGAGCUCUUACCGGGGGUGAGAACUUGUGUGAAUUGUGGAGCGCGUUUUCUAAGCGUGGACUUGGGGCAUCUGCUAAGCAAGGGACUGGGUCGAAUGCUAGAGUAGAAAGCUUUGAUAUGCCAACUGAUAUUUCGUGUUGA